AUGGCAACCAAUGCGCCUACCUUGAUCAACCUGCCACCUCCGCCGUCCGGCGAAGACACGCCUGGUGAUGCUCCAGGCACCCCAAACUCGGUCACGACGACCAUGUCUGAGCUCUCCACUGUUGCCAUCAAAGACGGACAUCGUGGCCACUUUCCCCACCACCGGAAUCCUGCUGAAGCUGAACGUGCCGACCGCAUCUCGCGCCUAGCGGGUCUGGAGCGCGUUGCAGUCUCGGGUCGCAAUCCUCAAGGACUCAACCCAGGGAGCGCAGCCAACCCUCCUCCAGGUUACUUUGAUGCAAACAACCAGCCGCAACUCUUCCGUGAGCGCAGCACUGUUGGUAGUGCCAGCGCGACUGGCUCCGUUGGCGGUCGCACAACGUGGGCAAGCGGCAGCGAUGUCUACGAGCCCGAUCGCAUGAGUGAGGACCAGGACAUGGACACAUCAAGCAUGGGGGGCUUCAGUGACGAAGCUGCUUCCCUUGUUGGUUUUGGUGAGGGUGCGCGAACACCAGCUCGACAGCAUAGCCAACUCGGUAGCCCUGCUGUCGGAAAGGCAAGCGCUCUGCCAGGUUACUUGCGAGAACAAACCCCGACUAGUCCCAUGUCAGGCGUCAGUGUACCUGUCAGCUCAGGAUCGACACAGACCAUGUCCAGCAUCGAGCAGCAGAAGAAAGAGGCACGCAUGAUGAAUGGCAUGACGUACGAUGACAACGUCGUCGACACGACUAGCCAUGCGCCUCCUGCCAGUGGCCGCGACGGAGACUCAACUUCAGGAGACGCCAUUCGCGAGCACAUGGCACAGCGUCAAGCUGACCAGGAUGCUGGUAUGAACUAUGAGCAGCAGAAGGACGCUUAG